UGAUGUGACAGCAGCAAGCAAGCGCGUUUUGGUUCUUCGAGCGCUGAAAAUUGUGAUGUAAAAAAAGAAAAAUAAAAACUUAUUGGCCAUCAUGGCGAAUCCAAGGAAAUUCAGUGAAAAAAUUGCCCUCCACAAUCAAAAGCAGGCGGAGGAAACUGCUGCUUUUGAAAAAAUAAUGCGUGAAGUUUCCGACGCAACCAAUAAGCCGGAGGAGACGACGCUAGUGACGCAGUACGGGCUGGGCGGCGGGCGCAGCGGCGGCACGUCGCCGGCGCGCUCGCCGGGCCAGCGCGGCCGCGCCUCCUCCUCCGUGGGGCCCAUGCGCCGCCCGGCCGACCGCAAGCACGACACCAGCCCCUAUGGAAGCACUAUAUAUUUGAGCCCGCCGCCGGACAGCAACUGGCGGCGCACGAACUCCGACUCGGCGCUGCACCAGUCGUGCGGCGAGCAGCAGGCCGCCGCGCAGCCGCUGUCGCCGCACCACACGCUGCACUCGCACGCGCACCCGCAUCUGCACCCGCACCAGAACCAUCGGAGAGCCGGCGACAUGCAUCUAAACGUAUUAGGAACACUGGGAAUGAAUCCGACGAAUCGUCCAAGGUCGUCCUGCGAAAUACCUAGAAUACCAAAUAAUAACAAUGUGUACGAGAGCGGGGGGGACGGCGGCGGCGGCGGCGCGCUGGCGUGCGGCGAGCUGCAGGUGCCGGGCGGCUCGCUGCCCGACCUCACGUCCGUGCACUUCCCGCACGCGCCGCCCAACUACCUGCCGCACCGCGCCUCGCCCGACUACCACCACAACAGAUACUGGGAUGUGACGGGGCCGCACGGUGCGCAGUCGCAGAGCCCCGCGUCGCCGGGCGGCGGCAGCGCGUCGCCGGCGUCGGGCUCGCCGGGCGGCGCCGACCCGCUCGCGCACGCCCACCCCGCGCACCCCGCGCACCACGGGCCGCACGUACCGCACGCACCGCACGCACCGCACGCGCCGCUCUACGACGCGCAGAAUCACUUAUCUGUACCAAACACAAAUAAUUAUCUUCAUCAUAAUAAGCUGGACCAGCCGGUGUCGAGUUACAACACGGCGUAUAUGAACCACAACGCGCCGCACUCGCCGCAGACGACCAACACGCAACACACGUACUCACAGGGUGGCGGCGGCGAGCUGUGCGGCGGCGUGCGGUCGCGCGACCCGGUGGCGGGCUCGGGCGCCUUCGCAGCGCUACAGCCCCUCGCCUCGCCCUCCGCCCCGCCCACGCCCGCCACGCCCGCCAGCAUCCCUGACAUCAUACUCACGGAUUACUCGGGAGAGUUGGACGCGGGCAUAUUCGGGGGCGAGGAGGCGCAGCUGCGCGCGGGGCUGGACCUGGACGACCUGACGCUGCUGGAGGAGCCGAGCGCGCUGCUGCCCGACUCGGCGGUGGAGCACGAGUUCCGGCUGGACCGCUUGUAGUACCGCGCGCUGCCCCCGCGCCGCCCGCGCCGCCGCGAGCGCCUGCGAUAGCGCCGAGGCGAGCCGAGACAGACUCCCUAUCUUCAUGACAAUUUGUAUGGCUUGAAGUCUGACUAAGUGCCGGUGUCGACACAUUCCGUGUCUGUGAGUGCCGCUGUGUGCGUGCGAGCGAGGCGUGACUGCGCGUGCGCGCGGGAGCGAGACCGCUUCCGCCGUUGAGUAUGUUUUCGAGAGUGCAAGUGUUCAUUGUGGUUUUAGGCGUUCGACUCACGUUUCUAAUUCGAGGGGGUAGGUAGGUAGGGUAUGUUAUAAGAGUUAGAUUUUUUAAAUGGAAAUCGAUCAAUUUAUCGACGAUUCGUGUACAGUUGAAGUAAUUAUUUUUUAAUGUGAAUAUUUACUCGAAUAUCAUUAGAGACUAAUUCGGAUUUAAUGGAGACAUUUUUUAAUAUUACUGUUCUGUGUGAAACCGUGACGGUUGUCUCUUUGUACAUAAAUCUUGAAAGUGUUCAUUCUACUGAAUUUGCAUUUAAAUCGCUAAUGUUGCAUGCUAGUAUAACAGCGAGUAUGAGUUGCGUCGUGUAACGUGUUGCUAAUCCUAGACCGUAACGAUUUACUAUUCACUUUACACCUUUGCGAUUUACAUUCGAGACAUUCAGCGAUUGCUCAAGCGUUGACUGAAUUUAGAAAUGUUUUUUUAUUUCGAGAGGUAAUUACGAUUAGCUGAUAUUUCUAGCUUUAACUCGGUGGCGCGGCGGUCGCGCUCACGUUAUGUAGCAUGUUGACAUUGCGCCCCAAUUCCUUUUUAAAUGUAACUGUUUAGGAUAGCCGUGUUAGAGCAUUGUAUAUAAGUCAGAAAGUUGAUAAAAAUUUCAUAAGCUUUCGUCGCAAACAUAUCUGUGCGUGGCGUAUGUGUGGUUGCGAAAUUGACACCCGUUUUAUGUAUUCCAAGUUGAUCUAUUGUAUUGUGACAUGGCCUAUAAGCGGGACGAGUGGCGGGCGAAUGUAUGUGCGAUGAUUACGAGAGCUAGUACAUGCGUUUGCUUUUUCAUCGGAAACGAUUGGGUGACUUCUUUAGUACAUAUAAUCUGCCAUGUAUCGACAUUUUAUUGUACUGCAUUUUACACGUAACUGAGUAUUACUUUUUUAAUUAAGGGAAUAUGGAAAUUAUUUUUGUAGGAAGAGGAAAAUUGUAUGGAGAGUGUAGUAAUGAUAUAAGUACUUUUGUUAAGGAACCAUUGACUCUGACGCAGAAACAAAGGAAGAGAUCCGUUAUCACGAUAUUAGAGGAUGUAAAAAUUAUACAAAAUAGUAAAAAGCUCGCCACGAUCAAAAUGGCCAACUGGGAUCGAUCAAGGCGUAUAAACUUUCUAUUUAGUUUUAUAUAGUUGUCGCAGAAAUAAGUAAUUGUUUACAAAAUAUAAUAAGCCAUGCAUUCGUUAUUAAUUAGCUAUAAAUUUUGUGAGCAAUGUACUAAAGAGGUCACUCAGUCAGAUGUCCAUAAAAAAAUUAUAACAUGAGCUCCAAUUUUUUUCAUUCCGAUGAGUAAUGACAAUUCUGCAUUCAAGUAUCUUUGUUAUUUUGCUCGUUUUAUAUAAAUUCUUAUUAUCGUAUGUUUAUACAGGGUGUAAGGUGAUCGUUUCCUAAAACGAAGACAGGUGAUAGUGUUGGUGUCAUGAUGACACCAAAAAUAAACGCCAUCGAAUUAUAAUUUAAAAACAAAAUUAACGCAGCACAGCGCUUUCCGUUCAUGCGGGAUCGUUGAUCCCGCUCGUCAGCUGAUGGUUUCAUUGCUGGUUUUUUUUUUUUUGUAUUAAGUAAUUAUUAUAUUUUCAGACACGAUGCUGUAUAAAAGUACAAAAAAAAACAUUUUUAACGUUUUUUUAUCAGUGCUAUCACCUCCCUUCAUUUUAGAAACCGGUUCUCUUACACCCGGUAUAUUAAAUUUUUUACUAAGGUUGUUAUCACACGUCUGCUACGUCAUUUUGGGACCUAAUUAUCGCUCGCCACACCCGUCAAUGUUGUUUUAUAACAAAAAUUCUUCGCCUUCGAGGGUGUUUUUGACAAAUACUCGAUGCUAAAAUAAAAUGAUGUGCAUUUUUCGGUAGAACAGUAACUAUCUGAAGUGAAACUUUACAUAGUUAUUAAGUUUUAUAUAAUUUAGUUUGUAAAAUACAUCUGCAUUCGUAACAUUAUGUGUAUAGAUGUUUCGUAAUGUUACAAGUGCAUGGACAUACAAAAUAGACAAUGUUUUUUUUUGUUUUAUAAAUGCUCAUUAUGUUAUGUUUUAAGAGUCUAGUCAUCAAGUUAUGAAUUUCAAAGCAGAAUACCAACAUGUUUUGCAAUAUUCAUAUUACUUAUUACUGGUGUUCGUACAAUCUUCGUUCCAUUCCACAUUGCAAUUCACAUACAUUAAUGUAUAACUUCGGAAUGGUUCCGUUUUGUGUUUUUUAAAAUUUACUGCAAUCUCUUUUUACAAAAUCAUAUCUGUUAUAUUAUUAUGUGAAUAAAGAGAGAAGUGUAAUUCUAUAUGUGUUAUGUACAGUGUACACAUUAUACAACUGUUCGUGUUAUAGUUUCAAAGUUUAUAAUUCAAAUUCCUUUAUAAGGGUAUGUACUGUGUGACAGAUGAUGUACUAUUACGAUAUAAAUAAUUAUUGUACGAUUAUUGUGAUAAAGGAAAAAAGCACAAGAUAAUUCAUAGUGAAGCCUAAUCUGAUGUUUUUAAUGUAAGUUACUUUUUCUUAUUAAAGUUAGUAGAGUUUUCUAAAUUUAGAUUCACAUAGGACCAACUCCGAAGGCAAUUCGCAUUUUGAUUUCAAACAAAGGCAUCGACUAUCGUACAUAGUAGCUACAAUCAAUUACAAGACUAAUGGAUUUAAUGUAGAGAAACUAAAGAUUUUAAAUUAAAUAGAAUUGCCUUCGAAGGCUGCUUCUAUGAUAAUAAUUUACAUAAGCUAAGUCUGCCAAAUGCAGAAGAGGUUUACAAGCAAAGUGUCGGGUUAGAUUCGAAUCUGUAUCAGGUGCAAUAUGGUGUUGACACGUCGAGAUCGCGGACAGGUCAUUCGAUGUCAUUGAAUUUAAUUCUUAAAUCCAUGUGAGUUGUUAAGGUCGUGUAUUGUUCAAAUUAAUUUCUAAAAGUACAAAUGACAAAAUUUUAAUUUUCGAAACCAAAAGGUGAUGUGUACGGAAUUAGAUGGUAGCGGGUAAGCGCAUUACCCUAGUAAUACUUGGUAUUUUUCUACCGAAGUGUGGUCACAUUGCAUACUCAACGAGUUCUGAUAAAUGUUCACCUUUUGCAUUUUGGAGUUUAUUUAUAGAGUUAGGCUCAAUUCGUGUUAACGCAGAGUCGAAGCGCGUUAAUGAAACACAAAUAUAAGUAAAAAAAUGUUUUUUUUCUCAAACAAGCAAUAUUCUUAUUGUCAACCUACCGCGCCUCGGCACCCAAUGAUGCAGGAUACACGUCAAUUGAUUAACAAAUAUAUGCGCUACUCAGUUGGCGUAGGGAUCAGUUGCCGCCUAUCAUAAAAGAGUAACUCGCGUCGCUUUAACGUGAUUCAACUCUGCGUGGAGCCGAAUUAAACCUUAGUGUAAACGUGUGUGCAGUUAUAAAAAACGUUUGAUGCAACGAGACACCAAAUUGUGUGAUCGAUAUAUGCUGCAAAAUUCCUUAAAUGUAUUUGAGCAAUUUGUACAAAAUACAAUUUUAGAAAAUAAAUGUUUUUUCUCAAAUAUGCACAAACUUAAUGACGAUUUUGCAGUAAGCAGUAUAAGGUUCGUUUUAUUUAAACCAAAUGUACAUAAGUGUGAUAGAGAUGAAACGGUCUCAUUUAAAAUAAAGUUGUUGUAAGUA